AUGAUACAAGUUCUCUUAGUCUGCGUGUAAGUUUUGAAGCAUUGGGCUCAGGCGCAGGCUUAGCCAAGCUAUAGACUGCGCCAUUUGGGGUUGUUAAGCUUAACCUUAGUAACUCAUUGAUUUUACAGUUCAUUUUUGAUAUUAUCGUCGAUUAUUCUACAAUGUAAAGGAAAAUCGAAACCAAAACCUUCAGCUGGAGUUGCAACUCCACUUCCUCCUACAUCAUCUAUAAAACCAGCAGAACCUGAACCGGAAAAAGCGAAGCCUGAACCAGCUGAGGAACCGAAAAAGGAGGAAGCGAAGAAAGAAGAAGAAAAGAAAGAUGAGAGAGAAAAAUCGAAGGAUGAAAAACAGGAGGAUACUUUUGAUAAACUUCAACCAAGAGCACAGGAAACUAAAAGAAAGGAUGAGGUUUGUUGAUAACUUUUUGGAUUUUUUUGUUGAGAAAAUAAAUAUUAUUCUUUCAGAUCAAGGGAAAGAAGGCUGAAAAUAAAGGAGACUAUAAAACUUGGAACAAACUUAUUGAAAAUAGUGAAUUUAAUAAGACUUUGAGCGAGAAAGAUGAUAAGAAAAAGGAUGAUAAAAAGAAGGAUGAAAAGAAAAAGGAUGACAAAUCGGAUGAUAAAAAGAAGGAUGAAAAAAAGGAUGAGAAAGAUGAGAAAAAAUGA